AUGUCUUCCAUUAAAUUCGACAAUACCGGAAAUGACCAGUUGCAGGUCCCCGGCUUCCAUGAUAUCCCAGUGGAUUAUGAAUUACCCGUUGGUCAACGCUUUGCGCACGGAGCUCUGCCAGAUUGGGCUGGAAGCCGAGGUCGAGCAAUCCGGUUAACCCAACCUGAGGUUUUGAUGCUACCCCGAUCGGGACCGGAGGAAUGGGGAGAUAUGAGUAUCGACUUGGACCUUAUUACCUCAAAGACAUGGGACUGGUGCAUUGCGGAGCUACGUGAUAAGGCUGUCAGCUUCCGUGAAAAGGAUUAUAUCAUUACAUUGAAUGCUGAUUCGGGGGUGUGCAAGUCGGCCGUGCUUGUCAACGGGGACUUGCAAAAGGAAUUACAAGCAGCAUUCCAGCCACUCCUGCAGGGGAAACCUGGUUACCAUGACCUGGUGGACCCCGAAUUAUACAUGCUGGUCUAUGGUCGCACUGCCGUUCUCAGUCAAGGAGGCCAAGUCACCAUAACUGCUGCCGGUAUAUCGUAUCCUACCACCAGCUCCGACGUCCACGUUGCGCCUUCGCUUCAGCACCCUAUAGAUACAUGGACGACACAACAUGGACGCCCGCCAAGAGAUGACUCAAUCGGGCCCCUUUAUCGCUGGUCCCACCGUUUUCAGUGGCUACCAUGUGAAGUGGAAUUCGUUAGCCCGGAGGGGACUAACGUGCGAAUCACUUCAUACAUCAACAAUCUUCAUCCACGUAACGGCAAAGCCUAUGCGGCGAUUGAGAAGCUGAUUUCAGCCUGCAUUAAGCCAUGGAACGACAUUUUGAUCAGGGAUCCUGUUAGUCGUUAUCCCCCCCGCAUCAGAACAUAUGGGUUUGCGAAGACGGGGCUCAAUGAACCAUACGAUCAACUCAAAUCGGAAGUUCUUGGGUGGCACUGUGAGAAGAUCAAACAGUAUCUUACAAUUCCUGAGCCUGACCUAAAAUUUCGAAUCAUUGACGACGAUCCAUCUGAACCGGUUUAUCCUAAGGAUUUGCUGGGCUUCAUGACUCCAGAGAUGUGGAAGUCUAUCGAACAAGUACAGGAGGUUGUAUCAGAGAAACAGUUUCGACUUCACAGUUUCCAGUAUCCGGAACCUGGCGUCUCAUACUCCUACGAUGAGUGGAAACUAGGAAAAACCGCGCAGCCAAUUGUUGGUAAAAGGAGAACCUCGGAAGAUGUUUACAGGAAACGGCUCCCUCCUUCAGACCAUGACCACCAGUAUCAAUCAGUCUAUUUGCAGAACCAGUUUCGCAAUCAGGGAUUACAAGUGAUCGUAUGGGUCAGCAGCAUUGAGCUCACCGCGGAACAAGCGAUCUUCUCUGAAGACGAUGACUAUCAUGUUGACGGGCUCCUGAAUGAGCACGUGGUUGCCACCGCACGAUACUACUACGACGUCGAAAACAUCACCGAGGCGCGCAUCUCCUUCCAACAAGAAGUCGACCUGGAUGCGUUCGAGAUCACACUAGAGCCCCACGCGAUGCAGAAGAUUUUUGGUUUGCCUCGGGCGGAUGAAGAUCCAGCGACUUUCGGCGAUGCCCCUCCGAAACUACAGACUCUGGGAUCAGUAACCGCCACCCAUCAGGGAUGCUUCUUAGCCUGGCCCAAUACCCUCAGAUACAGGACCCUGCCCUUCUCACUUCAAGAUCCUCAUCUCUCGGGUCAUCAGCGCUUUGUCACUAUCUGGCUGGUCGACCCGCACUACCGCAUUUGCUCGUCCCGUAAUGUGCCACCACAACAGCAUGCCUGGUGGAGAGAGGAUACAAUACUCGAUCAAUUAAGAUUCCAAUUUGGAUUGCCACAAGAGCUACAAGAUCUCAUCAUGCGCGCGACAGGAGAUUGGCCGAUGGGAUUGGAUGAGGCGGUGGGGUUCAAGGAGCAGUCAGCCGUAGAGCGUGAACGUGCCAUCUGUGCCCAAUCCCAAGGGGUGGGUACUCAUGAUUUCUGGUUUCCUAUUCGGCUCGGGGAGCAAGGAUGA